GUUACGUACGGUAUGGUACGUUUGUGGAAAAAGGUUUCCAAUGAAUUGGGAUACGGGUACAUGCACUACUAGGAGUGCUACCGUAUCGUGAACUGAGGUACGUAAACAAAGUGGUUAGCGUGCAAGUUCGAGUACUAAUCGACAGCAUCGUAUUUCGAACCACAUCAAACCAACCCAAGCAAUAUAUUUCAUUACCAUUUUCACAAGGUGCGUCCAAAGCAAUGCACCACCGGAGUCCCCACCGCAAUUCUAGUAGUAAGAACAUUUCAAACAAGAACCAAACGACCGGGAAUAAUCAUCACCGCCAGAAAGGUAAGAGCUUGUUCGUUUGCACCGCAGUGUCCUCCUAGUGGUUCGAAAGAACGAAUGUGAAAACCCGGAUCUGAUCGGGAGGCGCUCAGGAGCCCACUGUUUGGUACCGGUUGAAUGAGCCCAUGGUUUUCUUUCGCCUCGUGUUCCGUCGUCUCACUCCAGUCCAUUCUUUUUCUUUCGCUUGUUCGUGCAGAAUCCCGGAGAUCGAAAGCAGAGGCAGCGGGACCAACACCAUCGCUGUACUUUAAAUCCAUGCCACCAAGAGACACUUCCACGGAAGUUGCUGUCGUGCCGGAGAUCGAUAGGAGUGCCACGGCCGCGAGCAACUAUUCGCCCAUGUCUCCGUCCUUGGAAGCCAACGAUCACGGUGAAACCGAUGACAGCGGCGAAUACAGCGACAUCGAGAUUGCCCCCCUCGUGUCCGCGGAGGAGGGCAAGAGACGGGCUGGCGGGGGAAGCAGCGGCCCCAGCGCGGCCAUGAGCAACCCCGAGUGGUUUCGUUUCCAUCUGAAGAAGAACGGAAAGGUCCUGUCGGCGUGUUUCUCGUACAGUUUUUGCAGUGUCUCGAUGGUCCUGGUCAACAAGAGCCUGGCCUCGAGCUACAACCACCUGAUCAAGGGCGACCUCAAUAUUCUGCUGGUCGUCUUCCAGGCGAUCGUCGCCGUAUUUGCCGUGGAGGGGUGCCGAAAAAUGAACUGGGUAGAGUAUCCCUCCUUCAACGUGGACACGGCGAAGCAAUGGGCUCCCGUGAACAUUUUCUUUUGCGCCAUGCUCUUUUCCGGCAUGGCGUCGCUCCAGUACAAUUCCGUUCCGAUGGUGACCAUUUUCAAAAACGUUUCGAACAUUACCACCGCGGUUGGUGACUAUUACUACUUUGGAAACAAGCCGGAGAACCUGGUGGUGGUGGCCUUUGGAAUUAUGCUGUCUGGUGCCGUUGCGGCCGCCUGGAAUGACAUUUCCGUGAGCGGCACCGGCCUCUUGUGGAUGGUCUGCAACUGCCUCUCCUCAUCCGGAUACGUUUUGUAUAUGAAACACGCGACAGCAAAGGUAAAGCUGUCCAAGUUCGGGAUGGUCUUUUACAACAACGUCCUCUGCGCCGUCUUUUUGCUCCCGGUUGCGGGGCUGAUGGGCCAGACCACGGUCUUUGCCACAACGUCCGCCAUACACACGCCGGACUAUGCCCUGAAAAACCUGUUUGCUGGCCUGGUCGGCUUUUUCCUCAAUUUUGCCUCUCUCAACUGCGUCUCGGUAUCGGGGCCAACUACAUACGUGACGAUCGGCAGCCUGAACAAGGUCCCCGUGGCGAUCAUUGGGUACUGGAUUUUCGACAGCGUCAUUUCGAAAGAAACCUGGUUUUUUAUCGCCGUGAGCAUGUGUGGGGGUUUCCUGUAUUCGUUUGCCAAGCUGCAGUCUUCGUCGUCGCCCCGGACGACGCGGACGAAAUAAACCGACGCCCGGAACGACAACAGCGACAACAAGAACGACCAAGAAACCACGCUUCGGUACCAUUUGUCUCAAAUGCCAACUCGAACGCGGAACGAAACAAUGGAAUUGGCUGCUCUGACUGGCUAUGUGUCGAUGCACCGAAAUGAAAAAAAAGAUUCUGAAACGAGUAGUGUUGUGGGGCCUCGUGUCAUUGGAUUCGACCCGAUUCGUUGGUCAUUAAAACGAGAAAGUGACU